CCGGCCGUGAGCAAAACGCCGGCAACAUUCGCAGUUCGGUGUUUGGGGAAUAAGAAAUCUGCAAAUCCUGCGACGAGACAUGAAGAUUUUCCUUUUUCUGGCCUUGGCCAUCUGCGCCGCCAACGCCCGUUUGGUUAGGCGAAGCGCUAAUGCCGAAUUCAAGAUGUGUGUUCCUGAAAUAAUGAUGGAUGAUUGCAAAGAGAUGAUUCAACAGAAAACUAAAGCCACCGCUAAGAUCGUUUGCAUCCCAGCUAGAGACAGAAUUGAAUGCAUCGAGAAGAUCAAGGAACAUGUAGCUGAUUUCGGUAUGGUGGAUCCUGAAGACAUGUACGUUGCCGCUAAACUUCCAGACAGCGAUUUUCAGGUUUUCGAAGAAAUCCGCACCAUCGAAGAACCUGAAGCCGAGUUCAGGUAUGAAGGUGUCGCUGUCGUGCACAAAGAUUUGGAGAUCAACAGCGUUCAAGGCUUGAAAGGUUUAAGAUCUUGUCAUACCGGAGUGGGCAGAAAUGUGGGAUACAAAAUCCCCUUGACCAAGUUGAAGAACAUGGGCAUUAUUGGUAAUUUAGCCGAACCCACUUUAUCGCCACGCGAAAACGAACUAGAAGCCUUCUCCAAGCUCUUCUCUAAGGCUUGCAUCGUCGGAAAAUGGUCCCCUGAUGCAGACAUUGACUCCAAAAUGAAGAAACGCUUCAGCAAUUUGUGCGAGCUUUGCGAGCACCCAGACAAAUGCGACUACCCAGAUAACUUCUCCGGUUACGAUGGUGCUUUGAGAUGCUUGGCCCAUAACAACGGUCAAAUCGCCUGGACCAAGGUCAUCUACGUCCGCAAGUUCUUCGGUCUUCCUGUUGGAAUAACUCCUGGUCAACCCAGCGCCGAGAACCCAGACAAUUUCGCUUACUUCUGCCCAGAUGGUUCCAAGGUACCAAUCACCGGAACUCCAUGCAGAUGGGCCGCUCGCCCAUGGCAAGGAUACAUGGCCAACGCCGCCGUUGUUAAGAACAUCGACGAGUUGCGCAGGAAGAUCGAGAAUUUGAACGACGAAGGAUCCAAAUCCCAUGCCGAAUGGUUAGAAAAAGUUUUGGAAAUCAGCGACAAGAACGUACCCAAAGAAACUAAACUGAUCGAAGCUCAGAACUACUUGGACAAAGCCAAUUACACUGAUGUAAUUGAACGCGAAUACGGACCACCCUACAAAACGAUCAGAUUCUGCGUAAGCUCCAAUGACGGUUUGGAGAAAUGCAAGGGAUUGAGCAAGGCCGCCUUCAGCAGGAACAUCAGGCCAAGGUACGAAUGCGUUCUGGAGACGAACUGCAUGGAAGCUAUCCACAAGAAACGCGCCGACAUUGUCACCAUUCCAGCUGAUCAACUCAGCGUUGCUCUCUCCAAAUACGAACUUAAACCCAUCAUCGAAGAAAAUUACGGAGCUGAUGUCUACGCUGUAGCUGUUGUGAAGAAGGACUCAGCCAUCAAGAGCUUUGCCGAAUUGAAGGGAAAGAAGUCCUGCCACACCGGUGACAAAAUGGCCGGUUUCUACGCCGUUGUUAACAUCCUGAAACGUUUGGAUCUGUUGACCAAACCCGAAGAUUGUAGCGCCGGCAACGCUUUGGCCGAAUUCUUCGGUCAAGGAUGUUUGGCCAAAUCUCAAGGGGAAUUGGUUUUGAACGCUAAAGCUAAGGAAAGUCUCUGCGGCUUGUGCGAAGACAAGGAGGCUUGCUCCAUGGGAGACAACACUUGCUCCAGGGCUUUGCAGUGCUUGGACAGCGAAGGAGACGUCGCUUUCGUUAAGAGUUCAGUAUUCAGUCAUAUCUCUCCAGAGCAGAAGGCCAACUACGAAUUGCUUUGUCCAAAUGGUAAGAGGGCUCCUCUCACCGAUGCAAGCACCUGCAACUUGCUUCUGAAACCUUUGCCACCAAGCAUGGUUGUUACCACCAAGGAAAAGACCACGCAAGAAAUCGAAGAAAUUGAAAGCUGCGUUUUGUCCACCAGCCAAUUAUUCUUGAAACGACCAGAUUACUUCAGGCUGUUCGGCGAAUUCAACGGAAAAAUGAAUUUGCUCUUCUCCCGCACCGUAAAAUCUUUGAAAUCUAUUCACGAUUUCGAUGAGAACACCAUCAAGAAGACUUUGUCCGUCGUCCAAGAUUAUUGCCAUUAAGUUACUACUAAUUUUUAUCUGUAAUACAGA